UUGUAUAUGUGGGCACGAAAGAGCUGGUUGAGCAGAUCAGAUCUUUACUGGGAAUUGUUUUUGUUGCACGGGCUUCCUGUCUGUUAAGCAUAUAUAUGGUAGGGCAGUGAUUGUUCUCUCACCAGAAAAACAUAUCCUAGACAAGCUGUAAGCCUUUCCCAUGUAAAUGUUCAGACUAUGAGGUGCCUAAACAUAUACAUUGCAAUGAAUAAGUGUUUCUGAGACUUUCAGCCUUUGCUGUGUUGGUGCCUGGAGACUUUGAUGCCCUUUGCCUAUAUAGAGCAAUCUUGAAUCUUGCUCGUAGGGCCAGACAUUGUGUUCAGAAAUAGGAGUCUUACAUCAGAUAUAUAUGAAUAGCCAAAGUGUGUAUGUGAAGCUGUGCUACAAUGAGAGUUGUUUUAUGCAAUCAAGAACUAAGGAAGACAGAAGCAAGAGCACCAGAAAUCUCCCCUAAUGAGCAGAUUGUGAUUUGGAGUCGUGGAGAAUUCACAGUCUUUCCACAAUGGCAGAAAGGACAGAUAUUGCAAAAUCACAAAUUUCACUGGCUGAAUACAGCCCCGUCAAGCAAUCAAAAAGGACAGAUCGAAGUAGAAAGCAAGCUGGAGAAGAAAAUACAUUGCAACUGAAGAAAGAAAUAUCUUUAAUAAAUGGGAUAAGCCUUAUAGUAGGCAACAUGAUUGGUUCAGGUAUCUUUGUUUCUCCCAAAGGAGUUCUCAUCUACAGCAAAUCUUACGGAUUGUCUUUAAUAAUUUGGGCAAUUGGAGGGAUAUUUUCAGUUUUUGGAGCUCUCUGCUAUGCUGAACUUGGAACCACUAUUACGAAGUCAGGAGCCAGCUAUGCAUAUAUCUUGGAGUCUUUUGGGAGCUUCAUUGCUUUUAUUCGUUUGUGGACCUCACUCCUAAUUGUUGAACCAACUAGUCAGGCAAUCAUUGCCAUCACCUUUGCUAACUACCUAGUUCAACCUUUCUUCCCUACUUGUGACCCUCCGUAUAUGGCUUGUCGUCUCUUAGCAGCUGCUUGUGAAUGUCUUUUAACAUUUAUAAAUUGUGCCUAUGUUAAGUGGGGCACACGUGUGCAGGAUGUAUUUACUUAUGCUAAAGUUCUUGCUCUUAUUGCCAUCAUCAUCGCUGGACUCAUUGAAAUAUUCCAGGGACAUACAUGGUACUUCAUGAACUCUUUUGCGGGAUCCUCUACGGAUAUUGGAGAAAUCUCCCUUGCGUUAUAUUCUGCCUUGUUUUCUUACUCUGGCUGGGAUACGCUCAAUUAUGUAACAGAAGAAAUCAAAAACCCAGAAAGGAACUUGCCCCUGGCUAUUGCAGUGUCUAUGCCAAUUGUAACUAUUAUCUAUAUUAUGACCAAUGUAGCUUACUAUACAGUGCUGGAUGCCCAGGCUGUUCUCUCUAGUGAUGCUGUGGCAGUGACAUUUGCUGACCGGGUAUUUGGUAUAUUCAGCUGGACAAUUCCCAUUGCUGUAGCCUUUUCUUGUUUUGGUGGACUUAAUGCUUCAAUUCUAGCAUCAUCAAGGCUAUUUUUUGUAGGAUCACGGGAAGGUCACCUUCCUGACCUGUUGUCUAUGAUCCACAUAAAGAGGUUCACACCUGUGCCAGCACUGCUCUUCAAUUGUUUUAUGACCCUUAUUUACCUGUGUGUGGAAGAUGUCUUCCAGCUAAUUAAUUACUUCAGCUUCAGUUACUGGUUUUUUGUUGGCCUGUCUAUUGCUGGGCAGCUAUAUCUACGUUGGAAAGAACCAGAUCGGCCAAGACCUCUUAAGCUGAGUUUGGCUUUCCCAAUAAUAUUCUGUUUAUGCACAGUAUUUCUGGUGGUAGUGCCACUCUAUAGUGACUUUUUAAAUUCAGUGAUUGGAAUUGCCAUUGCUUUGUCUGGAAUUCCAUUCUUUUUCUUGGGAGUCUAUUUACCUGCAUCAAGGAGACCUAAAUUUAUUAACAAGACUAUAGGUGCAGUCACACGAUACAUGCAGCUGCUCUGUUACUGUGUUCUAACAGAGAUGGACCCAAAUGAAGAAAUGAAGGUAGAAAUCAAAUCCAACUAAAGUUCAAAGCCUUUACAAGAAGCAGGAGAGGAUAAAGCAAUUACACAAACGAAGGGGAAGAGGUGGAACUCUGGCAGACACAGAAAAACUGUUUUCGGUGGUCUUUCAGAAAUGCUGAGAAUGUUCUUACUUGCAGAUGGACUCCAACGUGGAUCAUGCCCUUGUGUCAUCCUCCUAACCUGUGGCAUGUUUCCAGGGUAGGUUUUCACUGGAUAAUGAUGACCUACUCCUUACCUACUCACACAACCUGUGUGUCCAUUCUGUUUCUUCUUCAGAAUUGGUAUGAAAAUGAUAAGAGCUAAUGGAUCAAAUUAGAUUUCUGCAGAACCAGGUGGUGAAGCAAUGCAUUAUUUAAGUUAGACUAAAAACCACUUUGACUCCAAAGACUAAGUCAUUUCCAGCUUAAUUCUGAUGGAUGUUUGCAUGAAAUGAUUUGCUGUACUAUCUCAGUUUUUAUCCCAGAAGAAAACUGGUCACAACAAACUACUUCAUUUGUUUUUCUGCCCCUAAUGAUAAAUUAAGUUCUGCUCCAUUAUUUAUAGACUGAACCGACCUUUCUCCCUUGAAGAUUUUAUUCUGUAUACUACACGGAAAUGUAUCUGACUGUGGCAAGGGUUUAAUCAGCAAAGCACCUUGGCACUAAAGAUUUGAUUAAUGGUUGUUGAUUUUUUCUUGUUAACUUCUUAGUACUUUGUCAAUUUCUGCUAGGUUUUAUGAAACUUCCAAAAUUAAAAUAUUCAGUUGGAAGCCUGUAAGCAUUUGUUUGUGAAAUGUUUCAAUGAAGACAGAGUAGCCGAGUUGCCUCAGCAGUCAGAAAAUUCCCUUUAUAAAUUUCAGUGCUGUUCACAAGAAAUUGACCAUCUGAAACCUCCCAGAAACCACUUAUUUUUUCUUUC